AUGUCUCAGAGACAGCAGACCAUAACAGUCUACACAAAAAAGCAAGAAAAAUUCUUGAAAUUUUUCCUCAGAUGUAACCAAAAUUGCCUAAAGAAUGCAGGAAAUCUCCAUGACAUGCAGAGAUUCCAGGUUGUGGUGUCUACAACAGUCAACGUGGAAGACCAUGUCCUGGCAGUCUCUGAAAAUAUGUUUGUCCAUAAUAACUCCAAGCAUGGGCAGAGGGCUCGGAGGCUUGACCCCUUGGAAGGUAUGCCCUUUUAUCUGGAACAUGCUGCUCCCUGUAUCAAAGCCAUCAGCCCAAGUGAAAGAUGGACGAUGGGAGGUGCGACUGUGAUCAUCAUGGGGGACAGUUUCUUUGAUGGGUUACAGGUCAUAUUCAGUACCAUGCUGGUCUGCAGUGAGCUGAUAACUCCUCAUGCCAUCCAUGUGCAGACGCCUCCUCAGCACAUCCCUGGUGUGGUAGAAGUUACAUUGUCCUACAAAUCCAAACCGUUCUGCAAAGGGACUCCAGAAAGAUUCAUUUACACAAUGCUCAAUGAACCCACCAUCCAUUAUGGUUUCUAGGGGUUACAGGAGGUCAUUCCCCAGCACCCUGGUGACCCUAAGCCUUUGCCAAAGGAAGUAAUACUCAAAAGGGCUGCAGACCUGGUGAAAACGCUGUAUGGGAUGCCACACAACAACCCGGAAAUAAUUCUGAAGAGAGCAGCAGACAUCACAGAGGUCCUGUACAGUGUCCCCCACAAUCACAACCACAACCAACUCCCAGCCCUUGCUAACACCUCAGUCCAUGCAGGAAUGAUGGGUGUGAACUCUGUCAGUGGGCAACUGGCCAUGAAUGUCUCUGAGGCAUCACAAGCCACCAAUCAGGGUGUCACUCACAACUCAAGCAAUGUGUUACCACAUGGGUAUGUGUUAAGCAUUACCCCCCAGCUCAGACCAACUGUAACUAUCACCACAAGCAUGAAUGGAUACGGCACUGCUGCCAUGUCCAAUUUGGGUAGCUCCCCAACCUUCCUCAAUGGCUCUGCUGCCAGCUCGCCCUACGCCAUGAAACAGAAGAGUGCUGCUGCGCCAGUGGUCAGACCCCAGACUUCCCCACCUCCCAUCUGCACCAGCACCAAUGGAAACAGCCUGCAGGCAAUAUCUGGCAUGAUUGUUCUUCCCAUGUGA